AUCGCUUUUCAUUUCCUUUUUUUUCCAUCCUUCAAUGUCUACUUUGUAAAUAUUUAUAAUCCCCACAUCUACCCAGGAAGCGUCAAUGCUUCGCCGUAACUACACCCCGACACCAUUAGGCUACGCCAUCUUAACUUUUUUCGCCCUAAUCGCUCUUUACUUUCUCACACCCGCCGACACAUCCAUCUCUCUCCUGCCAUCCUCAUGGUCAUCCCAGUCUGAUACAUGGGCAACACCACACGAACCUAUCGGAGAAGAAGAAGACGAGCUCGAUAACCGGCCGCUCCCGCUUUUACCAGAAAUCUACUCUUCCGAAUUCCCCGACCUGAAACUCCCCGCAUCUCUACUUGCCUCACCGAAGCUCUACCCUCUGACCUCUCGCCUCGUAACGUUCCUCUCCCGACCUAUCCUUUCUCAUUCGGCUGCAUCGCCAGCAAAUCUGGAGGGUUGUCCAUCGGAGCUGAGUGAUAAGCUUGUGAACCCUGAUCAGUAUGCCGGUGAUGGUCCAUUCUGGAGAGACGAUGUUGAUGAAGCGGAAAUUGUGAGACGACGAGCAGAUGUUGUUAGGUACUUGAGUGAAGCAGUAGAGAAGGGUGAACAAGUGCUGGGUCAGGAAGGAAAGACAGGAAAGGGGAGAGGGAUCGUUUUGACAGGUGGUAACCAAGACACCACUCUCCGGACAAUCACUGCUAUCAAGCAUCUUCGAAGGCUAGGCGUCAAACUCCCGAUCGAAGUGUUUCAUUAUUCGGACGAGCUUCAUAAUAAACAGCAGCGAAAAGAGAUUGAGUCGCUUGGAGCGACAUUGAGAGAGGCAAAGGGGCUUGAAAAGGUUGCCGGUGUAUGGAAAAACUGGCAAAUCAAAGGCCUCGCUCUCGUUCAAUCUUCGUUCCGUGAAAUUAUCUACCUCGACUCUGAUAACACCCCGCUUCGCUCCCCUUCUCACCUGUUCGAUGCCCCCAUCUACACUUCCUCUGGUCGAGCUGCAUUCUGGCCUGAUCUCUCCAAAGACCAUCCCGACAACGCCAUUUGGCGCCUGGUAGGCGAAACAUGUUCCUUGGAUCUCUGGACAUUCGAAAGUGGGCAGAUUGUGGUGGACAAAGCGGGUAACGAAGGGAUGAACCUUGCGGCUCUUAUUAUCGCUGCUGGGAUGAUGAGGGAUAGGGAUUUUUGGUUCCAUAUGUGCGGAGGGGAUAAGGAUACGUUUAGGUGGGCGUGGAGGAUGUUGGAUAUCGAGUUUGGGGUAUCGCCAAGGUGGAUGAGUACAGUAGGAAUUCGAAAUGAAUUCCAGAACGGACGUUUUUGCGGACACUCUGUACUCCAAUACGACCUCGCGACACCUGUAGGUUUCUCCCGCCCACCGCCACUCUUUGUCCACUCCAAUCUACUCAAACAUCUCGGCGGAGCGGGCCUCUCAAAAGGCAAACUUUUCAAAUUCAUCCGCCGCAUGUCGGAAGACUACUCUAGUUCACCAGCACUCAACCAUGCGCACUCUUUUGUGUAUGAUGGGAUUGCAAGAGGGAUGUGUUUGGAUUUGGACUGGCACGAGGAUACACCGCAAGAGGUGAAGGAAGAUGUGAGAGUGGAGACUUAUGCGGUGGGGCAGGAGGAAGGCGGGGUGUUUGAUGGAUUUGAGGAUGCAUGGUGGGAAGAAGGAGGACGUGUUGGAGGGUGGUAAAACAUAGAACGAGGAGCGAAGAAGUGCAUCUCAUUCUUUUAGAUAGCGUAUGUUGUUAUUCCCGGAUGAUCUUGUACCAAU